UUCUCCUCCCCCAAAAAAAAAACAUUUGUCUAACGGCAAACACUAUACUCAUAAAUUGAGAAACACGACUAAACCGUAUAAGUAAUAACUCAACGUAAACGAAAAUCUCAAAUUCAAGAUGUGUGAGACACCCAUCAGUGAUUGUGAGCCAACCACAUUGAUGAUGCAUCCGAAUGCUUAUCACAUUCACCUGCCCUUGUACAUCAUGGACAUGGUUCGCAUCUUUCAGGAUCAUCCCAAGUAUGUCAAUGGCAUCAAGGAGCAUCACAUGGUCGAGAUGUUGGAAAGGGAAUCAUUUGCAUGUGGUGAUUUGGAGGCUCAGGUAAAGACGGCUGUAAUGGAUCUGUCUGCCAAGGGAUUUAUACGUUAUAUUAAUAACGGUUAUCGUACCUUGGGACCCAUUGCCAAAUUGGCAAAUGCCCGCAACGUGCGACAUUUUUGUGCCACUUGGCAGCGCAUUGCUGAACUGCAAAAGGUGAACUCGGAUUUCCUCGAUGGAAGCAGUGUCAUCACCAAUCAACGCACCAAAUGCAAUAGGCGUAGCUCCAAUUGCUGAGACACUUUUGUUUUUGUUUUUUUAGCUUUAUUCGUUUUUUUGAUUUGAUCGUUCGUUAAGUUCCGUGCAGGCAGCCGUCGAACCCAAAUAACACAAACGAGUACACCAAAAUACUAUUUCAUCAAAAUUAUUGUUAAUAAAGGCCAAAAAUGUAAUGUA